AAGUGCAAUAUGUGUGAUGCUGCGUUCUCCUGGCUGAGUGCUGUGAAGAUACACAUGAGAACGCACACGGGAGAUAAACCAUAUAAGUGCAAUAUGUGUGAUGCUGCGUUCUCCUGGCUGAGUGCUGUGAAGAUACACAUGAGAACGCACACGGGAGAUAAACCAUAUAAGUGCAAUAUGUGUGAUGCUGCGUUCUCCUGGCUGAGUGCUGUGAAGACACACAUGAGAACUCACACGGGAGAUAAACCGCAUAAGUGCGAUCUGUGUGAUGCUGCC